CUGAGAUGCCGCGCCAGUUCCCCAAGCUGAACAUCUCUGAGGUGGACGAGCAAGUCCGGCUCCUGGCCGAGAAGGUGUUCGCUAAAGUGCUCCGAGAAGAGGACAGCAAAGAUGCCCUGUCCCUCUUCACCGUCCCCGAGGACUGCCCCAUCGGCCAAAAGGAGGCCAAGGAGAGGGAGCUGCAGAAGGAGCUGGCGGAGCAGGAGUCGGUGGAGACCGUGAAAAGAAAGAAAAGUUUCAAGAUGAUUCGAUCCCAGUCCCUGUCUCUGCAAAUGCCAACGCAGCCAGAUUGGAAGGGCCCCCCGACAACCACUCCAGCCAUGUCUCCUACAACACCUGUGCCCCCGGGAGCCACUUGCCCGCUCGCGCCAGCACCUUUUGCUAUGCCCGAGUACCAGCGGGUAACCAUCAGCGGAGAUUACUGUGCCGGGAUCACCGUGGAGGACUAUGAGCAGGCCGCCAAGAGCCUGGCCAAGGCCCUGAUGAUCCGGGAGAAGUAUGCCCGGCUUGCCUAUCACCGUUUCCCACGGACCACAGCCCAGUACUUGGGUCAUUCACGGGUGGACACAGCACCUCCGGGGGAGGGCCUCCCAGACUUCCACCCUCCCCCACUGUCCCAGGAAGACCCUUACUGUACAGAUGAUGCUCCCCCCAACCUGGGCUACCUGGUCCGCAUGCAGGGGGGCAUCCUCUUCGUGUACGACGACGAGAAGAUGCUGGAGCUCCAGGAGCCCCACAGCCUGCCCUACCCCGACCUGGAGACCUACACGGUGGACAUGAGCCACAUCCUGGCCCUCAUCACUGAUGGCCCCACGAAAACGUAUUGUCACCGGCGAUUGAACUUUCUGGAAUCCAAGUUCAGCCUUCACGAGAUGUUAAAUGAGAUGUCUGAGUUCAAAGAGUUGAAGAGUAACCCUCACCGAGACUUCUAUAAUGUGAGAAAGGUGGACACGCACAUCCACGCGGCUGCCUGCAUGAAUCAGAAGCACUUGCUGCGCUUCAUCAAGCACACGUACCAGACGGAGCCUGACAGAAUCGUGGCCGAGAAGCAGGGCCAGAAGAUCACCCUGCGGCAGGUGUUUGACAGCCUGCACAUGGACCCUUACGACCUCACUGUGGAUUCGCUGGACGUCCACGCGGGCCGGCAGACAUUCCACCGCUUUGACAAGUUCAACUCUAAAUACAAUCCUGUGGGGGCCAGUGAGCUGCGUGACCUGUAUUUGAAAACGGAAAACUAUUUGGGAGGAGAGUACUUUGCUCGGAUGGUCAAGGAGGUGGCCCGGGAGCUGGAGGAGAGCAAGUACCAGUACUCAGAGCCGAGGCUCUCCAUCUACGGCCGCAGUCCCGAUGAGUGGCUCAACCUGGCCCACUGGUUCAUCCAGCACAAGGUCUACUCUCCUAACAUGCGCUGGAUCAUCCAGGUGCCCCGGAUCUAUGACAUAUUUAGGUCAAAGAAGCUGCUGCCAAGCUUCGGGAAGAUGAUGGAGAACAUCUUCCUGCCCCUUUUUGAGGCCACAAUCAACCCCCAAGAUCACCGAGAGCUUCACCUCUUCCUCAAAUAUGUGACAGGGUUCGACAGUGUGGAUGAUGAGUCCAAGCACAGCGACCACAUGUUCUCGGACAAGAGCCCCAACCCGGACAUCUGGACCAGUGAGCAGAACCCGCCCUACAGCUACUACCUGUACUACAUGUAUGCCAACAUCAUGGUGCUCAACAACCUCCGCAGGGAACGAGGUCUGAGCACGUUCCUCUUCCGGCCUCACUGCGGCGAGGCUGGGUCCAUCACCCACCUGGUGUCUGCUUUCCUGACUGCCGACAACAUUUCCCACGGGCUGCUCCUCAAGAAGAGUCCGGUGUUGCAGUAUCUCUACUACCUGGCUCAGAUCCCCAUUGCCAUGUCUCCCCUUAGCAACAACAGUCUGUUCCUCGAAUAUUCCAAAAACCCUCUGAGGGAAUUCCUGCACAAGGGGCUGCAUGUUUCCCUCUCCACCGACGACCCCAUGCAGUUCCACUACACAAAGGAAGCACUUAUGGAAGAAUAUGCAAUUGCUGCUCAAGUGUGGAAGCUGAGCACGUGUGACCUGUGUGAGAUCGCCAGGAACAGCGUGCUGCAGAGCGGCCUCUCACAUCAGGAAAAGCAGAAGUUUCUGGGACAAAAUUAUUAUAAAGAAGGACCUGAAGGAAAUGAUAUUCGAAAGACAAAUGUUGCUCAGAUCCGGAUGGCAUUCCGAUACGAGACCUUAUGCAACGAGCUCAGCUUCCUGUCUGAUGCCAUGAAAUCAGAAGAGAUCACAGCCCUGACCAAGUAGGCCUAGCACUGGACAUGCAUUUUAACUUUCUGGUUUAAUUUCACGUCUGCUGUGAUUAACAGUGGUCAAGAUACCACACUAGGACUUUCCUCCCGGGAGAGGAUGCCUCUGAAGAACCUUCAAACCUAGUGAUUUUGGUUGCACUGUUCACUUUAAGACCUGACAUGUCCACUUCUGUUAGUAUUUCUGAGUAAUAGGUGGUGACUGCUCCUUGGGGAUCUGGGAGAUAGAAAGUUAUCUGUACUCAUUCCUAAUUUUCCAAAUAUUUCUCUUCAAACCACUAGUGCUUGCAUUGUUGGGGCCAGGAUCUUCCACGGUUCAAGAGGCUACUGACAUGGGGUCCGUGUGGUUUUCUGCCAUAGUCCACUUUAGGCCCUCCAGUCUUGGUGGUAGGUGGCUGCCUUAAACAAAAUCAAUUUCAAAGCUCCCUUUCAUAAAGGAGCUACUUUGAGAGAAUUAAAAUAUACAACUUCUACCCUGGCCAGUGUGCUCAGUGGUUAGAGUGUUGGCUCCUGAACUGAAGGGUUGUGGGAUCGAUUCUGGUCAAGGGCAUGUACCUGGGUUGCAGGUUCCUUGCUCCAAGUUGAGUGUGCAGGAGGCAACCAAUUGAUGUGUCUCUCUCACAUCGAUGU